AUGGCAAAUCUCACCUUAGAGCUUAACAUCAACUCCGCAAGUGAUCUUAAGCAUGUCAACUACAUCACAAAGAUGAACGUUUACGCCGUCAUAACCCUUGAAGGCGACAAACACCGAAAGAAACAGAAGGUGAAAACUGCUGUUGAUCGCUCUGGUGGAUCCAACCCUAAUUGGAAUCACGCUAUCAAAUUUUUUGUCAACGAGAGAUUAGCCCUUGAAGGUCGUUUGACACUCGUCGUGAGAUUGUUCUCCAAACGAAUCCUCGGUGAUAAAGGUAUUGGUAGUAUUGAAGUGAAAACUACGUCGAAGAAACUGAAAGGUCAUUUGACUUUCUCGUACCGGUUCAAUGGGGCACAUGUUCUGUCUGGUCACGGUUACCACCAGGCGCCAACGUGGGCUAUUCCGAGUCAGCAAGUGUAUGGACCUUAUGGUUACAUACCGCCUCCACCGCCACCGAAUUAUGGAUACCAAGGUCUGCCGACGAAGAAUGAAGCAAGGCUAUAA